GGACUUUCAGAGUGUAAACUGUAAAGCCUCUUGUAGACGACAGUUGUAAUAAUAAGCAAUAUAUCAAUAUAUACAAAUAUUUUUCUUUGCAAGAAAUAAUAACAUUAAGCAUCUGAUCUGCCAUGGCUUCUUCUUCUUCUUCGUGUAAAGGUUUUGCGUUAAUUUAUGUUGUUCUGAGCUUAUUAGCUUCGUGUGGGUACGUUAAUGGCCAGUUCCGGGCCAUGAUUAGUUUCGGCGACUCUCUCGCCGACACCGGAAACUUAGUCCGGAUUUCUCAGUCCAAUAAGCGCGUCGUCUCCGGCGAGCUUCCGUACGGAGAGACCUUCUUCCACCACCCCACCGGCCGCUUCUCCGACGGCCGUCUCGUGGUUGACUUCAUCGCCCAGAGCAUGGGAUUCCCACUCCUGCCACCGUCUGCGGCGGGGAAAAGCGCCAACGCCGCCAGGGAUUUUACCAAAGGUGUGAACUUCGCGGUGGCCGGAGCCACGGCGGUUGAUAUCUCGUAUUUGGUGGCGAGAGGGGUGAGUAACCCUAGCACGAAUGUUUCCUUGGGAACUCAGCUGGAAUGGUUCAAGCAAAUGCUUCCAUCUUUAUGCAACACUCCAUCAAGUUGCAAAGAGUAUCUUCAAGAAUCGCUUAUUAUGAUGGGAGAAAUUGGAGGAAAUGACUAUAAUCACCCCUUCUUGCAAGGUCAUUCCAAAGAAGAAGUCUUAACAUAUGUUCCUGAUGUUGUCAACUCCAUCAGCUUAGCUAUUAAUGAAUUAAUCGAACUCGGGGCUCAAACACUAAUCGUCCCGGGAAACCUACCAAUCGGAUGCUCAGCUGCCUACCUUACAUUUUUCGCCAGUGAUAAUAAGAACGAUUACGACGCCACGACUGGUUGUCUCAAUUGGCUAAACGAAUUCUCCCAGUACCACAACCAACUCCUCCAGGACGAACUCAACCGCCUCCGCCAACUUUACCCCGACGUUAACCUUAUUUACGCUGAUUAUUACAAUGCUGCCAUGAGAAUCUACCGUGCCCCUAGCAAAUUCGGAUUUGCAAGUACCACAAGUGCAUGUUGUGGAGGGGAGGGUCCAUACCACUAUCACUCUUCCGUCGACUGCGGCGGUCCCGGGUCGACGACGUGCGACGAUCCGUCAACGUACGUUAGUUGGGACGGCGUGCACUUGACGGAAGCCGCAUACAAAUUGAUAGCCACAGGAUUGUUGCAGGGCCCAUUCACCAUUCCCCACAUGAGUGAACUCUCUUCAUUUACUGGCUUCACCAUGGGCAAAUCCGACCAUUAACCAUAAUACGUACAAUAUAUAUUAUAGUAAUUAGAAACUGUUUUGCCAUAUAUAUAUAUAUAUGUACGUAAUUACGUACUAUAUAUAUAGUCUGUCUUGGAUAUAUCCUCCAGGAAGAUAUUGUACAGAUGGUCUUUCUGGGUUUGGAUUUUGCUUUUAUGAUGCCUUGAUUGUAUUUCAUCAACUGUAUGUAACGGUGAUAAAAGAGUAUAUUAUUAGAGGAUUCUACAAGAAUAAGACCACCCCUUCAAAAUAA